GGGAAACGGGGGAGGAUCACAGGAUGGUUGUCUGUCUCUGCCAGACUGAAGUGUUUGGGGGCUGUCCGCUGGCUGAAAAGAAGUAAUGAGUUACUUUCUUAUGCUCAGCAAGUCUCACGGCGAAGGGCUGCUCUCUCGAUACCAGAGCUUACGACAAGAUGGUCGAAUGUGCGACAUCAUUCUGGAAGCUGAAGGCAAGAAGUUCCCAGCUCACCGGACCUUGUUAGCUUGCUCCAGUGACUACUUUUGGUCACUAUUCCAGGAGCACACUUUGGAGUCCAGGGCUCAGACUAUCAAUCUCCCAGCCGUGUCCUCAACUGGCCUGGAACUGGUCUUGGACUUCAUCUAUACCUCAUGGAUCUCACUGUCUCCCUCCACUUUGGAGGACAUACUGCAGGCUUCCUGCUACCUGCAGGUUACCCAUGCUUUGGAUCUCUGUACUGAGUAUAUCUCAAACAGCCUCACUCUGGAUAACUGCUGCUUUUUUGCCAGUGUGGCCGCCCGUUACAGCCUCUUUGACGCACUUGCUGUCACCAGUCAUUUUAUUGCAAAGCACAUGGCAGGACUCUUGGGUGACAAUGGAGACAGAUCUGGGCUGCUACAGCUAAACCUUGACUCUUUUCGAGAGGUAUUGGGAUCAGAUGACAUACCAGGGGUAAAGGAGACAGCACUGCUACAGCUAGCUUUGGACUGGUUGUCUUGCAACCCUUUACCUGCCUUGGAGAGUAACUCUUUACUCAGUCGUAUUCGAUUUGGCCUGGUACCUCCAGAAGAUCUGACCCAUCUGAGUUCACUUAACCCACCCCUACGCACUCCUUUCAUUCACAGCUUGGUACAGAAAGCCCUGCAUUACCAUAUGCAGGUUCCUCUCCAGCCACUAAUCCAGAGUGUCCAUACAAGUUUAAGAGCCACAACUAACUCAGUAGUCCUGGUGGGAGGAGGUGCCGAAGCAGACCGACCACAGACCCAAAUCCAGAGAUAUGAUCAAGAGAGCAGGAAGGUUCAUAUGCUUCCCUUUAACAUGGUGAAGAAACUCCAGUAUCAAGGAGUUUGUGUGGUGGGAAACUUCCUGUUUGUGCUUGGAGGAGAGGUUGUAGAGGUGGGUGGAGAGAAUGAGAAGACAGCAGUGAUGACUGUAUCUGACCAAGUGUGGCGCUAUGACCCUCGGUUUGAACACUGGGAGGAGAUGGAGCCACUCUUACAAAAAAGGGCACAAUUCUCCUGUUGUGUGGUGGAGGGCGUAAUCUAUGCCAUAGGUGGACGAGGCCAGAGAGGAGAACCCACCCUGUCCUCAGUGGAGAGAUACAACAUGAGUGCAGGGUACUGGCGUAGUGGCAUGUCCUUGCCUCAUGCUAUCCAUGGACAUGCUUGUGCCACAAUUGGCAGAGGUAUUUACAUCUCUGGUGGCAUCCAUGGCAGCCAGCCUGAGAGUAGCAAGGAAGUGUUGUUUCUUAACACCUUUGAUGAUGAUGUCUGGGUAAGAUGCUCUGCGAUGUCUAUAGCCAGAUUUGGCCAUCAGAUGGCAGCCAUAAAGGAGAAACUCUAUGCUUUCUUAGGGAUGUAUGAACCAUUUUGUGACAUCGAGUGCUACGAUCCUAAACAAAAUCAGUGGACCCGACUGAAACCUCUUCUGCAAGACUGCUUCUGCUACGGGUUGACAGUCACACCAGGUGGAUAUGCAUUGAUGUUUGGAGGUAGAAAGUGGCAAGAUGGACAGGAAGUAUGCAUUCGUGAUGUGCUGGAGUACAACCCUGAAUACGACAGCUGGAGGAAAGUGUGCAAGCUGCCACAUCCAUUAUGUGGGACUCAGUGUGCUCAGAUGAGUCUUCAAGAACUUUUAGCAACAUAGGAACCCUCCAAAAUCCCCCAAAAUUCUAUAUACACACAGAGAACUAAGAGAGUUUCCACAGCCUGAGUAGAAAAGCAGAAGAUUGUUCAAUCAGUGCCUACUUGGUAGCUUUCUAAAGGAUAAAUCUCACUGAUCUAUGCAGGGAGAAUGGAUUUUGACAUUCAGGAUGGUGAAUCAGAAGAAUUUUGGCACUGGAGGCACUGUAUUAUAAGGGAUAAGCAAAGCAUGACAGCAAUGGGAGGUCAUACUGACAGCGUGAAAAGGAUAAAGGUCCCCGGAGUUCUGGGGUUGUCAUAUUUCCAGAAAAUAACGUUGCAUGGAAAGAAAUGGACACGGAUCAAAGACUGUGUAAAUUAAGUACUUCCUGAAGCAGGUGUAUGCAGACUGGAUACUUAGU